AUGCACGGUAUUGGGCUGGAAUGCUGUGGCCUUAAGGCUGCUUCUGGGUUCGGCUUCCGGCAGUUGCAGUCGGCUUCGAUUACGGGGGACGGCUUUGUGGAGUGGACCCUGGCGUCGAGGCUACUGUACUGGCCGAACCCGGGGGAGCCGGAGUAUGCCAUUUGCGUGGCCGAAUGCCCCGCGGACUCUCUGCAGAGGGUGUCCUUUCCUGUGGAGGAGGCCGCUGUGAAGCACCGGCCAGACGGCAGCGAGGUGGCGACCAUCAUCUCGCGCCAAGAGCAGGUGCUGACGUAUUCGUCCAGGCAGGUGGGCGGCCGUGUUUGCUUGCCGCUCUCGCUGGCGAAUGCUAUGCAGAAUGGCGGGAGCUGGACGCCUGAAGAUCAAGUGCAGGGGAUAAACCACCUGACGCUUCCCAGGCUGCCUGUCGGAAGCGUGUUGACGCACUCCACAACAACGUCAGCGCCGGAGAAUUUAGAGAAGGAGAUGACAUCGACGAUGAUGGCGCCGGCGGCAAUGACGGAGCUGUCCACCACAGAGCUAGCCACGACAGAGCUGUCAACCACAGAGCUAGCCACGACAGAGCUGUCAACCACAGAGCUAGCCACGACAGAGCUGUCAACCACAGAGCUAGCCACGACAGAGCUGUCAACCACAGAGCUAGCCACAACAGAGCUGUCAACAACUGAGCUGUUGCCGCAGGACUCAGGGGAGAGCAAGCGUUCAACUUUGCAGCCCGCAGUCGCCGAGGAGAGGCCGUCUCAACCACCCGGAGCUACACUUCCCGGGAGAACGUGA